CUAACAAACCUCCAGAGCCAGUGCAGUGCCCAGUGGCGCCCCCUGUCAUCAGCUCCAGUUUUGGGAAACCUGUAGCUCCGCCCACCAUUCCCACCACCUGGCAUGCUUCACCUGAGGGUGACAUCAUCACAACACUGCUGGAUGAGGCCCCGCCCCCUCCUCCUCCUGCAACAAAUGAGGUGUUGUCUCACGAUGUCCUGCCCCCACCGCCCCCUACCCCUGAUUCAUCAGGGGAUAUGGUGUCCCCGUCCCCUCUACCUUCUUUGCCUCCUUCUCAUUCAGAGGCUCUGACCAAUCACAGCAGUCCGCCGCCUCUAACCCUUGAGACAGUGGUGGAGGAGAACAGCUUCCCCCCUCCCUCCCCUCCCCCUCUUUCUGACGAUGCCAGCUUCAUUCUGCUUCCAAAUGAUGUUUCGGAGCUUCCAACCCCGCCCCCUCCACCAGUACAUAGCCAGGAAGUAGACGUGACCCUCCCGUCCAGGAGGAGUCGCAGACGCUUGCCCCCCGCGACUCGCUCUCUCUCUCUUCGGGUCCGCUCAGGCCCUGCCUCCCGCUGCCACUACACACGCUCUCUCUUCCUGCCUGCUGUCCAAUCAUCUUCCUCAUCUCGGCUCUGCUUACCUGCGCGUCUCCAACACCUGGAUCUGGAGAUCCCUGCCCCGCCCCCUCCUCUCCUAUUGGAUGAUGAGAGUGUCAUCGAUGACCUCAUGCCACCUCUUCCUCCACCAGUGGAUUUUGACUCUAACGCCCCCCCACAUUACCUGGAAAAAGGUACUACAUUACAUUUCAUUUAG